GCGCAAUGGAAAGGCGGACAGAGGCGUCAAGUGUCCAAUCUUCCUGUUUGUUCACUUCCUAAGCAGCACUCUGCACUGCGGUUCUUCUCACUUGAGGUGGAGGAAAGCGAAGGCUGUGGAACUGCACUAGUCGGUGGAGCCGAGCUAUAAAAACUAUUCCAAGUAUCGAGCUAACUGGAUGUGACUGAUCUUGUUGACCCAGCAACAGCCACCAUGCCCCACUCAAUUGACAAUAUUGACCUGGACUUCCUCUCCGACACCGAGCGGGAUUUGAUCCUGGAGGUGCUGCGGCGGGAUGAGGAGCUCCGGCAGACCGAGGAGCAGCGCAUUCGGAAGCUGAAGGCAGAGUUGCUAGAAAUUAAGAGGAAAGGGGCCAAACGGGGCAGCAGGAGAUACAGUCAGCGGAGUUGCGCCCGAUGCCAUGGCUCUAUGAGUUUGCUGGUGUUCAAUUCUGACCACUGUCAACGCUGCCAUCACCUUGUGUGCAGCAAAUGCAGAGCCAGCCUCCCCGAUGGCUCCUGGCUGUGCAGAGUGUGCAUCAAAGAGUCCGACCUAAGGAAGACCACAGGUGACUGGUUCUACAAUCUGAGGGUCAACCGAUUCUCCACCAUGCCUGGCCAUGAGCUGGUGAGAAGCAGCCUCAGAAAGAGGCCUACGGCAAAAAAGUAUGUGACAAUGGGAGAUGUUCUACUAAAACAUUCGGAAUCGACCCGAGGUCCUCCCGUUCCUGUCCCCCGGCAGAAAGUCAACACCACCAACAUAAGUGAGAACUCGGGCUCAAUCAUUUCGACGGCGUCUUCUGAAACCAAAGGGGAUGAAUUUUUCCAUCAUGGUCCUUCCAGCGAGGACUCUGGCUCUGUUGCUUCAACGGUGUCCUACGAAAGAAAAGGAAUUGAUUCCCUGUUUAAGUCAUUGCAGAGUGACACUGAGUCGGCAGAAGUAGCCAGCCUCACGAGCGGCAAAACAGGCACCGAGUCUGGUCGUGUAACCCCAGACCUGCCCAGAAGAGCGAUUCUCCCACCUCAUUUCAACCAAUCCCAUGGUUCCAGUGUGACUCCACCUGGUGUCAACGAUGGGCUGGAUGUUUGCGAGCAGCCUGACUCGGAUGAGGUCCCAGGGGAAGUUAAGAGCCAGUUUGUACAAGGUUUGGACUCUCAAGUCCCAGAAAUAAAGCAGGCUAGUCCAAACCUUGAGUUUGAUGUUGAGAAACACUUGGAGAAGAGUAUAAAACACAUUGAGAAUACUCCUGAAUGUGUCAAAGAUGAGCUGGGUGUUUAUGAUCAAUUUCACUUAUAUGAGAGCCUGGAUGACUUCAAGAGCCAAUUUGUCCAAGAUUUGGACACGCAUUUACCGGAAAUAAAGCAGGCCAGUCCAAGCCCAGAGUUUGAUGUUGAUGAGCUCUUCAAGAAAAACAUUGACAAUCCUCCUGAAUGUGUCAAUAAUGAGAUGGAUGUUUGUGAUGAAUAUCACUUAUAUGAGACCCUGUUGGACAUCGAAAGACAAUCUGUCCAAGGUUUGGACACACAAGUCCCAGAAAAAAAGCAAGCCAGUCCAAGCCCAGAGUUUGAUGUUGAUGAACUCUUCAAGAAGAGCGUAAAACCUAUUGAGAAUCCUCCUGAAUUUGACAAAUAUCCGCUGGAUGUUAGUGAACAAGCUGAUUUGCAUGAGGUCCCAAUGGGCAUCAAGAGACAACGUUCCCGAGGUUUGGAAGCAGAAGUCCCAGAAAUAAAGCUGGCAAGUCUAAACCCAGGGCUUGAUGUUGAGAACUUCUCCAGGAUGAGUGUGAAACACAUUGAGAAGCCUCCUGAAUGUGACAAAUAUGGGAUGGAUGUGAGUGAUCAACCUGACUCGUAUGAAGUCCCAGUUGACAGACAAUUUAUACAAGAUUUUGAAAUGCAAGUCCCAGAAAUAAAGCAGGCCUGUUUAAACCUGGGGUUUGGUGUUGAGAACAUCUACAGGAUGAGCCUAAAACACAUUGAGAGUCCUCCUGAAUGUGUCAAAUAUGGGCUGGAUAUUUGUGAACAGCCUGACUCGUAUGAGGUCCCAGUUGCUGCCAAAAGACAAUUUGUGCAUGGUUUGGACAUGCAAGUCCCAGAAAUGAAGCGUGCCAGUUCAAGCCCAGAGCUUGAUGGUGACAAACUCUUCAAGAAGAGCGUCACAAAUAAUGAGAAUCCUCCUCAAAGUGUCAAAUGCGGGCUGGAUAUUUGUGAUCAACCUGACGCGUUUGAAAUCCUAAGAGAUGUAGAGAGCCAAUCUGUCCAAAGUUUGGACACGCAAGCCCCAGAAAAAAAGCCAGUGUCUCCCAGCCCAGAGUUGGAUGUUCAGACACUUUUCAAGAAGAGCGUCAGUCGUACUCAAAAUCCUCCUGAACACCUAUCAACACUAGAUUUGCGUGAGAAUCAGGACAUGUUGACUGUACCGAUGGGAAAAAGGAGCCAAUCUGUGCCAGAGUUAGACAUGCAAGAUGAUGAAGAAGAGGACAUUGACAGCUUGGUUAACUUUCAUAGAAAUUCGAUGGUCAGCUCUGCAAGUUCAAUGAGCAUGACUAGUAUUUACAGUGACUCUGGAGACGGUUACAGCAUGGAUGUGAGAGGGGAGGUGGUCUUCUCCAUGUUCUACGAUGAGUCCAGCCAGAGUCUGCAGGUUUUAAUCAAGGAGUGCCGCAAGCUGGCCUGCGGCGAUAGCCUACGGCAGUUUUCCAACCCUUACGUCAAAUGUUACCUCCUCCCGGACAAAUCUCGUCAGAGUAAAAGGAAGACAACAAUCAAGAGGCACACCUGUAACCCGGUCUACGAAGAAACAUUCAAGUACUCCAUUCGCCGCAAUCAGCUGUUAACUCGUAGCAUGCUGAUAUCGGUGUGGCAUCACGGCCACCUCACCAGCAACCCUUUCUUAGGAGAGGUGGAGAUCGCUCUGGACUGCUUUGACCUGGACUCCCCACAGGAAGAAUGCAUGGCCCUCAUGACUAAAGCUCCGUGCUGCGUACCAACGUCGGCGUUCACCCAAUUAAAAGGAGAGCUGGUAAUCUCCUUGAAAUAUGUCACACCAAAAGGCCCUCCACUACAGAAAUUCAAAGGCAAAAAGGUAGUUGAGGUGAAAGGUGGGGAGCUCCACAUCCUGAUUAAGGAGGCAAAGAAUUUGAUGGCCAUGAAGGGAGGAGGCAUGUCUGAUAGCUUUGUGAAAGGCUACUUGUUUCCAUCCAAGUCCAAGACAAACAAGAGAAAGACGCCCGUCGUGAAGAAGAACUUGAAUCCUCACUAUGGCCACACAUUUGUGUACAAGGAGCUAACGCUGGAGCAACUGAGUACCAUGUGUCUGGAACUUACCGUGUGGGACAGAGAACCCAUGUUGAGCAAUGAAUUCCUUGGAGGAGUGCGCCUCAGCUCCGGUGAAGGCUCUGUCAAAAUUGGAAAUGAAGAAGUGGGGAUGGAUUCAGUUGGAGAAGAGGUCAGUCUGUGGCAGAAAAUGAUGCAGUACCCAGACUCUUGGGCAGAGGGCACCCUUCCAUUGCGCACCACCAUGAAAAAGAAGGGCAAAUGAGGACGCCUGGCUCUUUUUUGGAGGGCCGGGGAGGGGGAUGGCUCAGGUUUUGACAUGUUUUUUGAUGAAUAAUGUGCAAAAGAAUGCUCAAAUGAUGGAGUUAAGUUAGAAACACUCACUUGUUUUUAACCACAGCUACACAGCACAGAAAUAGUGUCAGUCAUGAUGGUGUCAACGCAAAUUAUAUUGAUAUACAUCCAUGUACAACAAAUUGUUGUUUUUGAAAUGUUUUAUAGCUUUGUCACUGUCUUAGCAAAUGUAUUUGUAGAGGGUUUAUGAAGUCUUUGUUGCAGAUGACAUUUUUUACUUCCAUAGUUACCUCAAAGUUGCCUCGACUAUGCUCUUCUGACAAUAAAUAUUGAUUUAAAAUUA